UAUCUAUUUUGGCAGUUGUCGAUCGCCCGACUAACCAAACGGACACGGAUAUGAAUAACCUCACAGGAACUCACAGUGCACCCAGGAAUCACAGCAACUAUGUGAUUCCCGGCCUGUACGACCUGUCCGUGGAGGAUACUAACUGGGUCCUGACCUCCUCUUUCAUCAUCUUUACCAUGCAAACGGGAUUCGGUAUGCUGGAAUCCGGCUGUGUGAGCAUCAAGAACGAGGUGAACAUCAUGAUGAAGAACGUGAUCGACAUUGUUCUGGGCGGAUUCACUUACUGGCUGUUCGGCUAUGGAAUGAGUUUUGGCCGCGGUCCACUCUCAAAUCCAUUUAUCGCCAUCGGGGACUUUCUCCUGGAUCCGCCUGUGGGCGAUGCCCUUAUGGGCCAGAUCUUUGCGGCCUUCCUGUUCCAACUGUCGUUUGCCACCACGGCCACAACAAUUGUCAGCGGCGCCAUGGCUGAACGUUGCAACUUCAAGGCAUAUUGCCUGUUCUCCUUCCUGAACACCGCUGUCUACUGCAUUCCCGCUGGUUGGGUGUGGGGCGAGCAUGGAUUCCUCAACAAGCUGGGAGCAGUCGACAUUGCGGGCAGCGGCCCGGUGCACUUGAUUGGAGGUGCCUCGGCCUUCGCAUCGGCCGCCAUGCUGGGUCCCCGUCUGGGACGAUACUCCGAGGGAUACGAUCCGCUGCCACUGGGCAAUCCGGUCAACGCCUGCAUGGGCCUCUUUGUUCUCUGGUGGGGAUGGUUGGCCUUCAACUCGGGCAGCACCUACGGCGUGAGUGGAGCCAAGUGGCAGUACGCGGCCCGAGCGGCGGUUAUGACCAUGAUGGGGUCCUUUGGCGGAGGCUUCACCGCUCCAUGUAAUUAUUCCUUUUGGCGCCAUGGAGGCGGAAUGGACAUUAUGGACCUCAUCAAUGGGGUACUUGGAUCUCUUGUAUCCAUCACGGCCGGAUGCUUCCUGUACCGCGCCUGGGAGGCCCUAGUAAUCGGAGCCAUCGGUUCGCUCCUCUGCGUCCUGGCCAUGCCGCUCUUCGAUAGGAUGGGCGUGGAUGAUCCGGUAGGCGCCAGUGCUGUGCACGGAGUAUGCGGCAUCUGGGGCGUAAUAGCCGUGGGACUUGCCGACAACCCCAUCCCGCUGGACACGACCAACGGACGCAGUGGCUUGUUCAAAGGAGGCGGUUGGUUGCUGGGAAUUCAAACGCUCUCAGCGUUUUGCCUGGCCUGCUGGGGCAUCUGCUCCACCUUGCUGCUGUUUGUGAUCAACAAGAUCAUACCCAUUCGCAUGGAUCCGCACGAAGAGCUGUUGGGCGCAGAUCUUACCGAGCACCGAAUCCGGCACUCUCAAAUCGGCUUAUCGCGCGCCAUCUCAGCCCUGGCGCCUAUUAAGGUGGAUCUCAAGGAUAUAGCCGGCAUCCAGCCCAUUGGCAUCAAUCCUGGCCAUGAGCGGAGUCUCGAUCAGUUGCGAGCCGCGGAGGACAAACUGCAGCAGUGGCAAUCCUACCUAGAGCAGGUUAAAUCGCGAGCCAACCUAAAAAUGGACGCCGGCCAGUCGCAUGCGGACAUCACCUUUAAGCCCAGAACAGCGGGCAACGUCUUUAGCCGGCGAAUCCCCGGCAGGAAGAGCAUCAGUGGUGGCCUUUACACCCAUAACAGCGAGUUACCCGUCAUUGGUCAGGUUCCUAGGCUGGAGAAGGACCCAAAUUUUGCCUGGGUCGAUUAGAGAUUUUUUAAUAACAAAGUCUUAGUCACACAUUCUUAGAGAACUCGUAGCAAAAGUGGAAAAAAACCAGCAAUAAAACUGAUGAUAAAUCUCUAGAAAUUUCGGCUACGUCAGUUUAAGUUUCAACAAAGAAGUCUAGACUUUUCUGCGUUGAAGUGACUAAUAGUCUAUUCAUUGAACAAGUACAGGUAAAGCGUAGGUGGAAAAUACAAAUACUUUGCCUAAAUGCUGAUAUACUCUUAAUACUUUUUCCGAAGUAAAGUUCAAAUUGAAAAUUGUCUUUAGCAAUAACAAACUUUUAAAAAUCAAAGUAAUUUAGGGAACCGUCUCGAUAAACCCACACAAAACAAAAGUACUCAUGUUCUAGAAACACAAUCUGCUUAUCUAUGCUUAUCAGCCACACCUGUUUGGGAACCAUUCAAAUAUGUUUUACUCUGCACACAUGCAUCCAGAUAAGAUAGCGUGCAAAUGUUAACAAAUGUAUCCAACAAAAGGCACGUUAAAUUAAAUUUCCGUAUUAUAUGCCGAAAACCCUGAAAAUAAAAGCGAAAUAAACUACCA